UUGCUACAAAUACCGCCGAUCGAACCUCGCUGCCUUGCUCCAUCGCUCUGCUUCCUUUCCAACUGCUUCCUCUACGACAUCUUCUCGCUCUCGUCUCUCGCUUGAUUUCUGCUCGUCUCGACCAAUCUCGCAGCCUUUCGACCUUCGAUUCGCCUUCCCCGAACCGAAGUCACGGCGUUGCUCUGCUUACGAUCUUUUGAUCGUUUGAGGUCGGUGGUGGGGUUCUAGGGAUUUUGGCCGUGCGCUUUAGGUCGAUGAGGCUGAACGGAGAAAUCUCGUACCUCCGAAAUGAGGAGGUAGAAGAGGAAGAAGCAGAAGAGAGGGUUCCCCUUAUGUCGCUCUCGCCUCCGCCGCCGUCGCAUAAGCUUGUCGUCGGAUACGCUCUCACGUCGAAGAAGGUCAAGAGUUUCUUGCAGCCUAAGUUGGAAGGAUUGGCGAGGAAGAAGGGAAUUAUAUUUGUUGCCAUUGACCACUUUCAGCCACUUUUAAAUCAAGGCCCUUUUGACAUUGUUCUCCACAAGUUGACUGGAAAAGAGUGGCAACAAAUUCUAGAGGAUUACUUGGAAAAACAUCCAGAAGUUACUGUACUUGAUCCACCAGCUGCCAUAAAACAUUUGCAUAAUCGCCAAUCAAUGCUCCAGGAUGUGGCUGAUCUGAAUUUGUCAGACUGCUAUGGCAAAGUUGGUGUUCCUAGACAACUGGUUGUCACAAAAGACCCUUCAUCAAUUCCAGAUGCUGUUUGCAAGGCUGAGCUAAGUUUACCAUUAGUUGUCAAACCUUUAGUCGCUGAUGGAAGCGCAAAAUCACAUGAAUUGUCACUUGCCUUUGACGAAGUUUCCUUAUCAAAACUUGACCCUCCGUUGGUUCUCCAGGAAUUUGUUAACCAUGGUGGGGUUCUCUUUAAGGUCUAUAUUGUUGGGGAGGCAAUAAAGGUUGUUCGUAGGUUUUCCCUACCUGAUGUUAAUAAGAGGGAACCAUCAAACAACACAGGUGUCUUUCAGUUUCCAAGAGUUUCUUGUGCUGCUGCAUCUGCAGAUGAUGCAGAAUUGGACCCUAGUAUUGCUGAACUUCCUCCACGGCCUUUGCUUGAGAACCUAGCUAGGGAGCUCCGUCAUCGGCUGGGUCUUCGAUUAUUCAACAUAGAUAUAAUCAGAGAGCACGGAACAAAAGACCGGUUUUAUGUCAUUGAUAUCAAUUAUUUUCCCGGCUAUAGUAAAAUGCCAGGAUAUGAACACAUAUUCACUGACUUCCUCCUCGGCCUGGUACAGAGCAAGCUCAAAAGGUGACUACCGAUCUGUUAAACAUGACUUCCAGUUAGCGUUUGUCAACAUGAAAAAGGCUAAAACACAUCUGAAAUUCCUCAAUGCACAUAAGCUCCAAUCUCGGCAAAUUGUUAUGCACGAGCAAGUGCAGUGCUGCUUUUUUCGACUACCCAUUUCUAAUCAGUCCAUUCUUCCUGCUUACCCCCCACCUUCAUUGUUGUUUCAUGAUGUCUUCGUUUGUGCAUUCUGGUUGUAACAUGCUUCAUUAUUUAGUUGAUGGUAAAAUGUUAAUGUCAUUCCCAAACCGCGCGUCGUCCUGAUGACGGUGUCGCAAAACACCAAACACUUUGCGGGUCUCUAAUGCCCUUUCGUCACAUGUCGCUCGCUCGGCUGGCUGGUUCUGUACUAGUGCUAAGGUUGAGCCUGUGCGUACAUUGUAGUUCCUUGGGCCAUAGGCAUGUGGCUUAUUCAAUAGUGUCUAAGAAUUAGUUGGAAUUUUUUUACUUAUUUAAAACCAUGAUCUGGGACAAACUUUGUGUUGGAAAAUAAUUGACGCAGAUAAUAUUAUUUGUAUAAAGUUCAAA